AUGAACAAAAAAUUUGCAUUUCGUCUUGCCACGUUAUCUGGUCUCACAAUUGGCAGUUUCAUAGGUGGCAUUACAUAUGAACGGAAUCGUUGCAACACACUUAUUGACCAAUCGGUUAAUCCUUAUGUUCUUCAUGCUGGCAAAGAUAUUAAACAGCUUACCGCAAUGCCAGCACUUCCGAUAUUUGGAACGGUGUCAGCUGCAACACCAUUCGUUCCUGAUACACCAAAGCCAUCCCAAUUGGAUCAACCGAAUCGGGUCUCUCAAAUUAUGAAAUACGGUUUUCCAGGAUUGGAUAAUGUUCGCUCGUAUUCUGACUAUGUGCUUUCAUACGACCGCAGAAAUCGUGUCGCACAUUGGGUGUUCGAACACCUAACACUGGAAAAUGUGAAAUCGAAUCCAAGUGUUGACCGUAGCAAGUGCGAUUUUAAGCCCGACGAAAGCAUACAUCCAUUUUUCCGUUCAUUGAAUUCCGAUUACAAAGGUUCCGGAUUCGAUCGAGGACAUUUGGCUGCUGCUGGCAAUCAUAAAUCGCAUCAAGAACAUUGUGUACAAACAUUUUAUCUUACGAAUAUGGCACCACAAGUCGGUUCUGGCUUCAAUCGAGAUUCAUGGAAUCGCUUGGAAAAACACGUUCGCAAAUUAACAAAAUCGUAUUCAGAUGUAUACGUUUGCACUGGGCCACUGUAUCUACCGAAGAAAGAAGCCGACGGCAAAGCAUACGUAAAAUAUCAAGUAAUUGGCAAUAAUUCCGUUGCGGUUCCAACACAUUUCUAUAAAGUCAUCGUUGGCGAAACUCCGGAUGGCAAGCUAGAGCUAGAAUCGUAUGUGAUGCCAAAUCAAGUAAUCGACGACAAUACACCAUUGAAUGUGUUCCAGGUACCACCUGAAGCAGUUGAACGAUCAGCCGGUCUGUUGUUCUUUGAUAGAAUUUCGAGAAAACAAUUGACAAAAAUUAACGGCAAAAAAGUGUAGAUAUUUUUCAUGUAGGACAUAGUGCAAAUUGUACUGAAUUUUUAGCGAAAUGUAAUUUGUAAUUGCAAUGUAAUAAAAACGAUUUUUGGUCGAAUUUGUCAAAUAAUAUUACAUGACAAAUGAAGCGGUUCCAUUUUCCAUGGCGUUUCAGUGCGAUGACAUGUGACAUAUUGAAACGCGUCAACUUCACUUUAUAUACACACAUUUCAGCAAGGCAAAGAACGGACAGCACUAAUACUAGCAAACAUACUCAGUUAAGUCGAUGUACGAACAAUUUAAAGAAUAUUUUGGAUUUUCACGCUUUUGUUUUUAAGGUAAAAUCAAAAUAACAUCGUGUAAAACUAAAAAAGAAAUUUAUUUCCAUCAAAUUAACUCAAGUUCAGAUGCAGCGAAUUCCAUUGGACAAAACUCAAAGCAACAUGACAAAGGAGACUAAAGAGAAGGCUAUGUAUCAAACAUGCGAUUUGGAUGAGUAUUUGAAAUCAUAUGCUUAUGAUGAUGAUCACAUCUCCCCCGAAGAAUUCCUGCAGACUCGAGAACCGUUGCCAGAGGAAACCAUCCGAACGCCGGAAGAGUUUUUGGAACCACUUCAUCCAUCGGAAUAUGCCAAAGAUGGUGACAUCACACGAAUGCUACGAAAUAUGCCUGGUAUUUUGCCGGCUGUCGUAAAUUUCCCAAAUGGUUACGUGCAGCCGAAACCAUUAGAGCAACCAGACGUUAUUUUCAACGAUCGCAUCCCGAUUUUGCUCAGUGAGAAGUUCUUCAAAUUCCGUAACGAUUUUGUUGAAGAGACCACCGAUGUGAGCAAUUGUACUGACGACGGCGACGAUGCAAACAACGGUAACAACAGCAAUGGCUACAACGGUAAAAAUGCUCAAAAUGAAAUGGUAAAUGCUAAACGGCAGUUUUGGACGGUGUUCACGGACACCGACUUCGAUGAACUCAGCGCGGUUCCAGUCAACGAGAUGCAACGGUGCACCAUCGCAGAUGGAGAAAAAUCGACAGUCAACAAAAAAUCAGCACAACGUUACUACACGCCGUACGAAAUUUACAUGAUGAAACGAGGCAACAAACACUAAGCGGUAACACUCUUCUUUUCAACAUUGAAUCGGUUCCAUUGAUUGGGAUAAAAUUUUACACCAAACAAUAAUAAUAUGGGUCAGUCGAACUCAAACAAAUAUCCUUAUUUUAAACUGAUUUUUUUAAAAACACAGAGAAAAUUGAAAAAAAAAUUCUACCUAAACAUAUUUAUUAAUAUGAACCAAAAACACAUUUACAGUUAUUUAUCAAGAUGAGAUUAAUAUUAAAAUGAAUAAGAAAAUAUCGAACGAAGAAAAAUGAGCAAAAAAAAAUCUCAUAACGGUCUCAUUUAUACAUUUACACAUUUCAAGUGAUCAAACAACUGAUAAAAUAAGACAAAAGGUCUUGAAAAUAAUAAAUUACAUGCUGUGUCUAGAGGUUGCUGUGAAUAGAUGGAAGAAAUAGUGAUUAUGAAGCCAUUAGAAUAUAUGAAUUUAGGAAGUAUUUUUCUUUAUAAAAGAAACAAGUUAAAAAUGUUGAGAAACGCAGAAUAUGUUGGCAAAAGCAAUGUUAAGACUAUAAUAUUAUCUCAAUUUCAAUACCAUUACUUAAAGCUUAAGUAAAUAGAGGCAAGGAAUAAAUAAAUACAA